UCGUAACACGUCAGCAGUCAAUCCGUUUUCAAACAAAGCUUAUUUCCCGUGUUGUGAGGAAGUGUUUACAAUAAUGUCUACAGUGCCGAAAAGACCUAAUGUGAAGCUCGCAAAACUGUUAUACAAAUAUACGGAAGAGCCCAAAGAACAGAAAGAUGAUCACAAAGAUGAAGAACAAAUCGAAGAGGAAACUGAAGAUUACGAAUCGUACCCACCGUACAAUUUCUCGUGGUUUAUAGAGAAUAAAGUGGCUGCUAUGGGCUGGCCCCAAACAGUGGCUAAUCUCAAUUAUUUAGCAGAUGUUGGUGUGGACCAUCUAAUAACGUUGUCGCCGGAGAAGAUUCCGCCGAUAUUGGAGUGCAAAAAGAAGUUGAAAUGGACGGAGAUAAGAAUAAAGGAGUUCGGAGCGCCGACGCUGAAGCAGAUUUUGAAGUUCAUAGAGAUAUGUGAACGUGCUGAAAUUAGGGGUGAAGUAAUAGGAGUACAUUGUCGACAUGGGCGCGGUCGUACAGGGACCAUGCUGGCAUGCUACCUCGUGCACUUCAAGCACAUGGCGCCCGAGAGAGCUGUACUCACUGUCAGGGUCCAAAGACCAGGUUCAUGCGAAACGUACGAACAAGAGAAGAUGGUUUGCCACUACCACGAUUGCGAGCGAGGCACUAUCGAGAAACCAGACUACCGCAUAGUCGACAACAAACUUUACUUCGACUUCGCCAUGAAAUAUCUUUUCGAUGGGGAUGAGCCCAAACCUGUCGAAAAAGUAAUCGAGGAACCCGAAGAAGAAACCAAAAUAGUCUGUAAAGACAAAAAGGUUAAGAUUAAAUUGCCGAAAAAGAAAUCUAACGCUAUGGUUAUAAACCAUAAGAUAUAUUUUUGAUUGUUUAAUAUAUUUCUGAAAAUCCUAUAACAAAAUUAAAUCAGGGUACUAAUUGAAUGUCGUACCUGAAAAAUAUUAUAUUGAAAAAAUAAAUUAACAAAGGUGCUAUUGGAAAUAUCCGCGACAAAGAACGUCUGUCGAGUAACUAGCUAGCUUUCUAUGCAUGUAGAAGAUACGUGUAUUGGAAUAUGAUGAAAAUUAAAAUUUGCAGCAAAUACUUCUUUUAAUGGUAAAGCCA